GAGGGGUCGUUUUAGAGCAGCGAUGCUGCGUCGCUUUACUAAAUUCCCACUCCUCCGACCCACCCAAAUUUUGUUUGGAUUAAGUAAAAGCUCGAGGUUAGAGAUUGACAGUCUCUCUCUCUCUCUGAAAGACUUUCCCAUUUAAGAACUUCCCACACACCCACUUCCCCACCUUCUCGGUCCUCUCUCAAAAGCAAGGGCCUUUGAUGGAAGCUUUUCAUCAUCUCCUGAUGCUCCCCAGGGAUUUCCCCAUCUGGGUUUCUCGAGCAACGUCUCUUUCAGAUCUUAUAACAUGAAUGGAUCAUAAUGUGAUACAGCGAGACGAUGAUUGCUUGGACCUGCAAAACAUCUGGAGAUCAGCAUGCUGAGUAGAUGGCAGACGAAAACUAUUUGCGUCAAGAUUUUGAGGCCUUGAGUGUAUCGAAACGUCUCAUGAGGAGUGUCAGUCACAAAUGGAGGAAAAAGAGCCUCAAAAGUGAAGAUGAAGACGAUAAUGUUAGAAGGGUUUCAAUGAGAUGUCUAACUUUAUAUGGCAGAGGGGGAGGUUGCAAGGUGGGUGCUGACACAGGCGAGGAAUAUGGGGACCCAAGUAGUAGGAGAAGGUCGAGUGCCGGUGAAGAAAGCAGAGGAUAUGGUACCAUAUGCGGUACCGAAGAAACUGGAGUGGACUGCUUCUCAUAUGGAGUAAAAGAGAGAUUUUGGAAGAAAAAUACCAGAAAGGAUUUAGAACUUGAAGAAUCAACCUAUAACAGCAGAAUGCACAUUUUUCUUCCAGAUGAUAUUCUAGAGAUGUGCUUGGUGAGGCUGCCACUAACCAGCCUCAUGAAUGCACGCCUUGUGUGCAAGAAAUGGAGAAACUUGACUUCUACUUCGCGCUUCCUUCAGAUGAGACGAGAAGGCUUGCACCAUAAUCCAUGGCUGUUCUUGUUUGGUGCAGUGAAAGAUGGCUAUUGCUCUGCCGAAAUACAUGCGCUGGAUGUGUAUCAGGAUCAAUGGCACAAGAUAGAAGCUGAUAUGCUAAAAGGAAGGUUCAUGUUUUCUGUUGCCAAUAUCCUGGAAGAUGUAUAUGUUGUAGGGGGUUGCUCUAGCUUGACCAAUUUCGGCAGAGUGGACAGAAGCUCAUUCAAGACACACAAAGGAGCCUUGGUUUUCAGUCCAUUGACUAAAUCUUGGCGUAAAAUUGCUUCAAUGAAGUAUGCCCGGUCUAUGCCUAUCUUAGGAGCUUCUGAGGUCCAUCCAGAUUUUUCAGCGAUUCAGGGCCAUCAAAUCCGGCAAGAGAGGCGUUUUAACAGGUCAAGGAUGGGUGGUGGAUCGGAUGUUUAUGAGGAUCCUCACAGGCUUUCUCUAAGACGUCAACCCAGAAACACUUUUGACGAGAAUGAUUUGUCGUUUUUUUCUGCUAGAAAACCACACAAGAUGGUCAGGCAAAAGAUUGAUGAAUCAAGCACAAAGAGCUCUAGAAGGUUCGUGGUUAUUGCUGUAGGAGGGCUUGGCUCAUGGGACGAGCCAUUAGAUUCUGGAGAAAUAUACGACUCUGUAUCUAAUAAGUGGACAGAAAUCCAGAAGCUGCCACCAGAUUUUGGGAUUGUUUGCUCUGGAACUGUUUGUAAUGGCAUUUUUUAUGUAUAUUCGGAGAGUGACAAGCUUGCAGGAUAUGACAUAGAGAGGGGAUAUUGGAUUGGGAUGCAGACUAGCCCAUUUCCUCCACGUGUUCAUGAGUAUUACCCAAAACUUGUUUCUUGUGAUGGUCGGCUUUUUAUGCUCUCAGUGUCUUGGUGCGAGGGAAAUGGUCAAAUCGGCAGGAGAAAUAAGGCUGUGAGAAAAUUGUGGGAGUUAGAUCUCAUGUAUCUUGAUUGGAGUGAGGUGUCUGUACAUCCCGAUGCUCCAAUGGAUUGGAACGCCACAUUUGUGGCCGAUAGGAACUCCAUAUUUGGGGUCGAAAUGUUCAAGAUAUUUGGUCAGGUGUUGGAUUUCAUGACAAUGUGUGACGUGUCAGAAAAGGGCCCCAACUGGCGUCAUAUAUCAAGGAAUCAGAUGGCUCAUGAACUCGAUGCAUCAUCUUGCGUGACCAAGUCUCUGGCCGUGGUCUAUUUGUGAAAUCCCCCUAAUGAAGUUGCUUCUCACGCAGAUAGUUUCUGAUUUCUAUUUAUCAUUGUGCAGAGGUUUUGAGCAUGCAUUGCAGAUGCAACAUUGAGUCCUGCAUUUAAUUCUUUGAUGAAAAUGAUUUUUGCAUGGGUGACUGCCUCCUGGUAUGUCUCUCAUCACUCUUUCCUCUUGUGCUGUGUUUCUAGACUGAUUGUACUGGAGGCGCUUCUCUCCCAUGUAACUUUUGAUGUAAAAUUUCAUUUCUCCAGUAUCAGACUAAUUUUGUACUUUAAUUGUUACUUUUUUUCGCA